AUGGCUGAACCGAGUCGUAUGAAUAUAACUAAGGUGGGAUCAGAUGUGACCGGGUUUAAGUCAGAGCGGCCCAGCCCCGGCGAAUUAGACGUGUACCUAUCCUGGGCAUGCAAUCAACUUCAAUGCCCCUUUGCAGUAGCUGUUACCAAAGUUGCUCAAAGUCAAUACGUCAGUGUCAGCGCAGCAAAAAAGAAUAUUGUAAAGUCGAGAGCGAAGUUAAAACAAUCUUCCGAUUCCCUUGCUGCUUUGCUUAAAGAUGACAGGAUGGGCCCAUCGGGAUAUUUAGAAGAUGAAGGCACGAUUAAGAUAUUUGCUAUUCAUGAUCAUCUGGACCGUUUGGUCGAGUUGAAAUUCGAGGAUAAUGCAAAACUUCCCAGAAUGCUCUUCCAGAUAAUAGGCCUCAUCGUCCAGUUUCAUAAAUGUCUCCAAACCAUAACAAUAAGACAGGGGUUAGACAUGUACGCUCUAUACGAAAUAAAUAAAUUUUUACCCUCAUCCAACGUGACCGAGCUGUGCUUGGAAAACACCUUCUUGAAAGAAGGAAAUUACAGUGUUCUAUUCGAAAACCAUAAUUUAAUCAAACGCGUUUCUAUAGCUCGCUGUCAAAUCACUGACACAAUGAUACAAGAUAUAGCUGCUAAACUAGCAUAUCCUAUGCCAGCUUCUAAAACUUUGAUCAUACUCGAUUUGUCGACAAAUAGAAUAACCGAUGAGGGUGCGAAAUAUUUAGCAAACGCGCUCAGAUCAAACAGAUGUUUGAGUUAUCUGAAUCUAUCAGAUAACAAUUUAACAGAUAUUGGUGGAGAACUAUUGCUUGAUACUCUUAUGACGUUUCCAUUGACAGACGACGAAUUAAAAUCUGAUCAAUCGAAAAGUAAAAGGAAGUCAGUCAAAGCCGCACCUCCCAUUAAACAGGUGGCUAAGAAAGUAAAGGGCAUUGAAAGAGAAGGCUCAUUAAAACUAGUGCCUGAAUCAAAAGGUGCAGAAGCUGCAGAAUUAGAUUCACAUCUUUAUGAUAAAGCCCGUGACAUUGCGGAGGGAAGAAUGGGGAAAUUUAUGGAUCCUUUCAACAGGGAUAAUCUCGUAGUAAUAGAUGGUAUUAUAUACUGUCUUGGAAAUAAUGCUUUGUGCCGUUUGAACUUAUCAUACAAUAACCUAUCUUACAUUAGUUUAAAGAAACUUGCUAAUGUCAUAGUGACCCAAAGGUUGAAUCGAAGGAAACCUGUAGGGUUAAUAAGUGUCAAUUUGAAUGGAAACAAUUUACCUUUAUACUGCACAGAGAUGACGCAGAUUGACGUUCUGCUGAACUCCGGAGCUAGUGACAAAAAUAAUAGAAAACGAGCUGCGUCUAAGACGAUUUCAUCAUUUAAAUGA